UUGGCUGUAUCAGUGCUGAGGAAACCAAGAGAGGGGGAGCGCUGUGCCUUUAAUGAUCCCAACCUCACAAGAUACUCACUUCCUAACGAAGAGCUUAUGCCCACCGUCAGUAAAGAAUAAUACACCGAUAAGGUAAGUAAAGAAGAGCUGAUUUUUUUUGUUUUUCACUUCUUUUAAUGAGUGAACGGUAUUUAGCUCGACAUACUGAAGAAACUUGGGGAUGAGUCAGAGGGUGCUAUGCUAAGUAAGCUAGCGCUCACGAAUUUUAUGCGGAAGUGCUCAGCGGUUCUUUUACCACUGGUAAAACAUGAUCAAUGAGGAUUGGUAUGUGGUCCGAAAUAAAUAAAUGUAUAGAUGUGUUGUCUCUGACUGUAAGCAAUGGGUUCACUGAACUUCCGGUCGGUGGCGUUAUAUUUAAGGUUUUAGAGCUAACUGGACGAGAAGGAGUUAGCAAAAUUCAAAAUGGCUUCCCUCCUUGUUGUCGCCUCCGCUCGCUAGCUCAUUUUGCGUGCCUUGGCUUUGGCGUAGAAGACAAAGCACGCGGUGGUGGCAAAGGUUGGGGAAGUACAACUGGGUCCAAUCGCCAGUGAUGGUCCCCGGUUUUCUUUGUCCUCGUUACAUCGUUUGAGUAGAAGUUCGAGCUGUCGUUUGUAUAUUGAUGGUAUUUUGAUCAGUCAAAAACUAAACCGGUAGGGGAAUACCAACAACGUCAAUAUGGUGGGGGAGGGGAAGUGGGUAGUCGCUUGGGUGGAGCUACAUUUAUUUUGAGAUGGAAGGAGGCGGAUCAAUUAAAUUUUACAUGUGGCAUAUUUCACGUGCCACCUUAACUGGCUUGGAGGGUUAUACUGGGUGGGAUUUUCGAAAUGUCCGAAUGGUCGACCCAGGAACCAUUUCUUCACCUGUGUUUGAGUGACAUGAUAUAUUUCAGGUGUAACGAUCCUUCUGGCCUGUAGAGGGCGAAAGGAGCGCAGUGUGGAGUUGUUGCCAGGGCUGACGAAUCUCCCAGCAGGAAAUAUUAUGGAUUUUUGCCACGGGUACAGAUCCUCAGCUGAUCUAGGCCGCCAACAGUGAACGGUUUCGCGACCUAUCCGAAACCGAGAUUUCUUAUAUAAAUUGUUGGAAAAUCCGUCGUCCAUAUUGGGGUGUCGGCAUAUUUGCUGGCUAUAAGCUGUUUGAAGGUUGGCCACUCUCGAAAUUCCUGUACCAACCAUUUACUUAUUCGUUAGAAUGAAGUUUGUUAUAUAACCCCACUUUGCAGUAACUGUAAAUAUAUUUAUUUGACUUUAACAGAUAUUUAUUACUGUCCAUUUAUGUGUAGUUUAUUCCCAAAUGCUCACUUUUGAAUGCCCCCUAUUUAACUACAGUCUCAUCAACAUAAUGUUGAACAUGAGCGGUUGUUUGUCUAUUUAAUUUACAUGUAAUUAUCCUUUUGCUGCCAGGUUGUUCAUUGUGGCAUUUAUGGGUGUUAUAAUAUUUUUUAGUAAUGUUUUUUCUAUGACUAUGGUCAUUUUCCAGGUUUGCAGUGGCUGUGUCCUAGUUUGGACAUUAACCAAUUCUGUCUACAUAAUUCCCUCUUACUUCAUAAUAAAUUCCUAUUUUUCAUUUUGUUCUCAUUUUCAGACUUCAGGCCAUUAAAAUAGAAUACAUAUUGGUAUGGCUUGUCUUUUUUUCAAAGGUGGUGCACCACUUGGGCAGCUGAAAAUUUGCAGAACCAAAUUAUUAAACAAUUGAUUAUUCCUUAACAUUCUCACAAUGCUUUAUAUUCCCCUAGAUAUGUACUCACAGUGUACACAUUUUAACAGUCGACUGCACAAAGUCAAUACCUGAGAAGAAAGGACUGUGUGAAUAUUGAGCAGUUGAAUGAUCCCUUCCUCCCCCCUAAUAGUUGUUAAUCUAUUGGGGCUUUGCAGGUGUUGUAUUGAUCAACAUUUCAACUAUCUGUACUAGUGAUGGCCUCCAGAAAAUCUGUUUGCAACAAGAUGCCUGUACACCGUUUGGCACAGGAAUGGAUUCAUAUUUGCUAAAUUUGACUGUUCUCUUCCAUUUCAGAAAAAUGACAGAAGUGAGUGUGACUGUGUGCUUUGUAUGUAGGUUCAGGGUUGUCUUGGGGAAAUAUAGGAGAGAAAUGCUUACUGAAUCAACCUUUUAAUGUUUAAUUGUUGCAUCUAACUUGCUUUUGAUUUCAGUUAAAAGUCCUAAAUGUGUUUUUAAAACAUUGCAGUAAAUUUUGUCUUUGAAAAUUUCUGCAGGCAGGGUAAGGUACGGAGUGCACACUGUUGCACACGCCUAAUGCAUUCAAUCUUUAUGGCGGUUGUAGCUUUUAGUCCAGCCACAGCUGAUACAGUGUAUCAGCUUGUAUUGUGAUGUCACUUCAGUGCUGGGAUGUCGGACUUGUGUCAGGUAGGACAAAUUCCCAUGCCUUCACUGAGACCUAUCUGUGCCCUGCUGUGUUGUGUCCAGUGUCCCCAGAUUGUGGGGGUGUAAUUCAGGCCUCUUGUAUGAUCAGGGCUUUAAGAAAAGUUGAUUUACACCCUGAAACCCAAAAACUCCAUCGAUCUCUGUCUUUGUUCGCCUGCAAUUAAUGAUUUUUUUUAAAACAAAAUGGAAGAGUACUGAUUUUUUAAGGCAAGAAAUCCAGUGCCUAUUUGUAUUCAGAUUGUUUUUUUUUUGUUUUUUGCUUCUCAUAUCUCCCCCCCCCCCCCCUUUUUGAAAUCCCUUUCAUUUCCCUAGUGGUUGAUACACGUGGGUGAGUAGUAAUGGUUAACCAAACACACAUGACCUUAUGUCAUUUCCACGGACACAGUAGAGUAACAUUGGAUGUAAUGUUCACUGACGUGCUGGUUACUGUCAUGUGUUUUCUCUGCUUUAGCUGCAUGUUUGUUACUUUUAGGCUCCAGCAGCCCUGGUUGGCUGGCCCCGUGACUGGAGGAACCUUACUUCUGACUGGCCUAAAAUGUGCAGAAAGAGUGCAGAACAAAAGCUGUUUGUCGCUAGUGCAAAGGUACUGAAGCGCUGCGCUCUGGAGGAAGCUGCUAUGUUAAAUCCUGUGCCUCUCAACAGGAAAGAACGAACAUGUUUCCAAAGGGCACGAAACGCAAAUUUUCCGACGCUGGCGACGAAGCGACAGACGAGCACCCGGCGAGCGUCAAGAUGGCGUCUUCCUACAACCUGCAGCGUCAGUCCCUGCUGGACAUGUCUCUGAUCAAGCUGCAGCUGUGCCACAUGCUGGUGGAGCCCAACCUGUGCCGCUCGGUGCUCAUCGCCAACACCGUCCGGCAGAUCCAGGAGGAGAUGACGCAGGACGGCAGCUGGCAGAUCAUGACCGAGGCCCUCAACGCCGCCCAGAACCCGGCCGACCGCCUGGUCGCCACAGAGAUCUUGUGCCGGCCGUCGGCGCGCGACCAGGACGAGGAGCCCAAGCCCUUCUCGGUCAUCGGUUACGAGGGAUGCCACCCGGAAGAGGUAGUCGUGGAUGACACCUUGUGUUCCGUCUCCCCCGAGACACCUUCCACGUACAUGCCCGGCAGCUUAGGCAUCGGUCCCUGCUGGGAGGAAGAGGACCUGAAGGAGACCAGCGAGGAGGAAGAGGACGACGACGACGAGGACUGCGGUCUGAGAUCAGGGGAGGAGGAAGAGAGGCUGGAAGAGGACUCUAAGACCACAGAGCAGGUCUUUGGCACAUUUGAGAUCAAGAAUCCUGUCCCCAGUCCAGACCCUGCUCUAGAGGAGCUCUUCUCAGAUGUUGACGCCUCUUAUUAUGACUUGGACACCAUGCUGACGGGUAUGCAGAGCACACCCAAAAUGGGACCUUACGACCUUCUGGAAAGUCUGUCCUCACACGGGCCAUCGUCCAUCAGCUCCAACUCCAGCUGUCGGCCUGAUCUUAAUGAACUGGACCACAUCAUGGAGAUCAUUGUGGGCUCAUAAACAGGACCUUCACAUAGACUUUAACAUGUGUCCACAUGUAUCUCUUUGUGUAUACACUCACUUAACAUGGAAGGUGUGUUAAAUCGAGAACCCUCUCUUAAAAAGGAUAUUUGUGCAGUGGGUUGAGAUUCAACAGGCUGGCCAUUAUAAUUUCAUUUACAUACUUUCUGUAUGUUUCCAUUUUUCUAUGUGCGCUUUUUUAAAACUAUUGGUUAUGUUUUUUUAAUUUAUUGUCACUUUUACUUUGGAAUGUCAUUACACUACAUACAUCAUGAACAGAACAAGUCAUAUACCAGACCUUCUAAAGCAACAAAUAUUUUCUUAAAAAAAAGAAAGAAAAAAGAUUAAAAUAUAUAUACAUGUACAUAUAAAUAUAUAUUUUUACAACACACACAACUUGGGAACUGUUACAGUACUUUUUGCUUCAUUUGAUUGUCAACAUGAGAGUUAAAGAAAGACUGUUCCAUUGUGUGGAGAUCCUGCCAGUGUCUUAUGGUUUGGUGUCAGGUAUGAGUUGAAAAGGGUUAAAAGUAUUUGGAUUUUCAAAGCAAAUGAUGGAAGGCACCUUAUUCUGUCAGUGCUUUGGUAAUAUUCGCGAUCUCUUCUCCUUCAAGCAGGACACUCAUGAGUCAAACAGAAACAUCUGAAUUAAGUUUGGUUAGCACCUGCUUUAUGCUUUAAGAAGCCAUAUGUUCUUAUAUUUGUAUUGUUACAAAUGAAGAAUUAUGGGUCUGACCCAGAUAAGUUAUUACUUUUUUUAUUUAUUUUAUUUUAUUUAUUGACUGGAAUUAAGUCAGUGUGGAGUUUUAUUCAACUCAACGUAGAAUCAGCUUUUCAGUUAAUUUAAGGCCUUCUCUAAUUAGACAUGUAUACCUAUCAUUCCUCGUUGAAGGAAUGUGCGGUCCUCCAUUUUCUAUGCAGUUAGUGUUACACAAUGUCUUAACCAGUAUUCAAGUAUAUAAAAAUCAAACAAAGGUUCAUUUAAUGUUUUUUAAUCAUUGAGUAAUGUGAGCAUUUUCUUGUUUUUAAAAAUCUUACGAGAUACUCCCAAUUAUUGACCAUCAUUAUGGCUAAAAGAUUACUCAGGCAAACUUUUUUUUUUUUUUAAUGAACAGCCAGUAUUAUCAAAGUCACAAUAACCAUACUCUUGAAUGAUGUCAUUGCAGUUUAAACUGCUAGUCAAACCCAGAAUUAAAAUCUAGAACAUUGGCAUUUAAUACCUUAAUUGGAGUAGAUAUAUGCAUUUUAUAUACAUUGUAGCAUUUUGUAAAUAUUUUUUAAUAAAAGGUACAAAAUAUUUAAAA